UUCUAGUGCAACACAGUAUGAAACAUUCUACAACCUUUAAAGAAAUGUUACCAUGGCAGGCUUGGGCUAUUAUUUCGCUUUCCUGGGGCGUCUGCGCAGAGUUAAGUGACCACUGCAGAAGACCAAAAAUAACGUCAUCAGAGUCAAGGUCACCUUUUCUCGUGUACCAACAAACAGCUACGGUCAAUGUUACGGUGUAUCACUGUCAGUAUUUGGAGGAGAACGUGUGCGACAGUGAUAUCUGCUCUAACUGUCUGACGGGGAUCCCUGAGUUUACAGUGAUCGGCAGCUCGACGUACCGGUAUAGCGACAUCACGCAGAACUGCCUGGAAUGUUUUUCUAACAAAACUGCAAAGUUUAAAGAUAAAUUUAGUUUUCCGCAUAGUAACAAUACACGGCUCCCAUAUACAUACUCUUGCCACAAUAACACAAAAUUGCUUAAAGCUAUAUCCGCUGUGCUCACAAAAUAUGACGCAGAAGCACAUAUUGCACGAGACGAAAUAGUGCUAAAAUCGGGCACUGUUUGCCGAUACAGCUCGGGAUUCUGUCACGAUGAAAAAGAAGACAUUGACGUCAUGUGGCAAGUACAAAGUGGUUUUCAUUGUCACCACUUUAAAACAAUUAAUAUUUCGGACUCGUAUUAUUUCAAGCUCAACCAGAAGCGUUACGCUAUAAUUGAAUUGUAUGGCAAUUAUUCUGCUUUGGAACUGAAAUCUUCACAAAUAAAAAAAUGUAAUCUUAGUACUAGUGACCUAUGGGAAACUCAACAUCAAGGACUGAUAGUAACUAAAAAACCUAUAUCAAAUGCAAGCAACAUCCCUCUUCAAAGACGGAUUAUUUGGGAUUUUCCUUCCAAGAAAAACAAGACUUGUUCGAUUUUCUAACUGGAAAAUGCUUCGAUGAGCUUUACAACACAAACUCUGAUCAGAAAUUCGCAACAAUCUUCGAAAAAUUAUUUUUAAAUGCUUUAGAGAUGAAGUACCAACGAAAACACAAUGACAAAUUAAACACUGAGCUCCAACGUGUCCGAUUUCAUUUAUAUAUCGCUUUUUAUGUCAUUGUUUUCGUUGUAUUCUCUCUGGCAAGUGUGGUAAUUCUCUUGAUCUAUUGUUCAUUAUGUAAGAAAUGUUCUGCAGUCGAUACUCACCACAUACCAGAGCCCAGUUGUUCCAAACCUAUCGCAAGUAUUAGCAAUAAUUACGAAUAUAUAUCUACAGAGUAUGAUAUAAACUCCAUAUAUUUGAAAAAAUAAAAUGCUUCUGCCAAGUCAGAAUUUGAACGUUAAAAUAACAUUAAUUAACUUUAAAUUAUAUUUAUUUUACGUAAAAAUGUUCUGCUUAUAAACGUUAUUUUACGGUUUCUUGGCACUACACUGGACUAACGUCCCCAGUAGUGGUUUUUACACAUGAUGAAAGGAACAAAUUCGUUUAAAAUUCAGAUAAUUAUUUUGUGGACAAACGCUCGGACACGUCGAUUAGUAUUUUUAGUUGCGGAUUUUUUGACAUAAGAAAAUUGUAUACAGGAUGUCUGAAGAAAAACAUAUGCAAUCAUCACUGAUUUUUUUAAUGGAAUAUCCUCCAUAUUAGCCAUUUUUGAAUUGUACG